CGAGCCUUUCACUUCACUAUCAUUUCACUCGUCGAGAGGGUGAGAGUUCCAUGUUUAUGUUAAACAAUUUGGUAUAAUUGAGAUAUGUUUUCUUGUGAUUGAGCUAAUAUAUACUUUUGAAAACUUAAAUGAAAUGACAUGUUUGAUAUUUGACAAAAGCAAGAAAUCAAGUUCUAGUGCGGUCUAGUGCAGGAUAAAAAACAGUCCUUUGGUAACCUUUAGUGUCGGCCCAGUGAGUAACUACGAGUGAUUCGUUGCUUGAUCUGCAACAUUAAAGAAAGUUCGGCGAAUUUUCAACACUCUUCCCAAUACAAAACUCCCGUUUGAGACGUUUCUUCUGUAAUUUGAUUAAGAGAAAUUCAGCGGUGAUUCGCUCAAUGCAUCGAUUACGGCAGUGAAAUCCCCAGUGCCGACGACGACGACGACGACGACGACAACCCACUCUUACAGGUGGGAACAAUUAGCAACAGCUGCAUUUUCCAGUAAACAACUUCAAUUAAUUCAACUCCACGCCAUACAAUGGCCGAGUCCAGUGACUUGGAUCGGCAAAUCGAGCAGCUUAAGAAAUGUGAGAUUAUCAAGGAGGCUGAGGUCAAAGCUCUGUGCGCAAAGGCACGAGAGAUUCUGAUUGAGGAGAGCAAUGUACAACGUGUUGACUCACCUGUGACAGUUUGUGGAGAUAUCCAUGGACAGUUUUAUGAUUUGAAGGAACUAUUUAAAGUAGGUGGCGAUGUGCCAGAAACAAAUUAUCUUUUUAUGGGAGAUUUUGUAGACCGAGGUUUUUAUAGUGUUGAAACAUUUCUUCUUUUACUUGCAUUAAAGGUCCGUUAUCCUGACAGAAUUACUUUAAUAAGAGGAAAUCAUGAAUCACGGCAAAUAACACAAGUUUAUGGUUUUUAUGACGAGUGCUUACGCAAAUACGGCAGUAUAACAGUAUGGCGAUAUUGCACAGAGAUAUUCGACUAUUUAUCAUUAUCUGCUAUUAUCGAUGGCAAGAUCUUUUGUGUUCAUGGUGGAUUAUCGCCUAGUAUUCAAACAUUAGAUCAAAUUCGAACUAUCGACAGAAAGCAAGAAGUUCCUCACGAUGGGCCAAUGUGUGAUUUACUAUGGUCAGAUCCUGAGGAUACUCAAGGCUGGGGUGUGUCGCCGCGCGGCGCCGGUUAUCUCUUUGGUAGCGACGUGGUAGCUCAGUUCAAUUCUGCCAAUGAUAUCGAUAUGAUAUGUCGAGCUCAUCAACUAGUAAUGGAGGGCUACAAGUGGCACUUUAACGAGACUGUAUUGACCGUCUGGUCUGCGCCAAAUUAUUGUUACAGAUGCGGCAAUGUAGCUGCAAUAUUAGAACUAAAUGAACAUCUACAGAGAGACUUUACGAUAUUUGAAGCGGCACCACAGGAAAGCCGCGGAAUACCCAGCAAGAAGCCACAAGCAGAUUAUUUUUUAUAAACGCUGUUGUAAAGUAUAAAAGAAACCAUCAGAAUUAAGUCAAAAUUGAUUUGAAGAAUUUGCUUUUUCUUCUCUCUCUCUCUCUCUCUCUCUCUCUCUCUCUCUCUCUCUCUCUCUCUUACACACACGCGCGCGCGCAGAGAGAGAGGAGGGGAGGGAGGGGUCAGUUUACAUUAAUUGUGAAGAGCAACUAAAAUGAGUGAAUUAAAGAAAAUUUUCUAUUAUUUUUGAUGAUAUAAUUUCUAUGAUUACGUUGGACCAUUUACAUUUGGAACUGCGACAGUAUGUGUGACUGUAAAAUAAAAUAAAUGCCUCAGGUUUAAGUCGAUAUGACAUCAUUAUCUUUCACAACUUAAGUUUCCAAAAAUAUUCAAUAUAUGUAAAGAUAUUUAAAUAAAAGCAAAUUAAACCUUU